AUGGAGACGUAUUUUAAGAAGAAGCUCGAAGGCCGCGAUGGCUGUUAUCUGGAGCCUAUUACAUUUGAGGAUGUCAGCGUGGACUUCACAGAGGCAGAGUGGAAGACACUGAGCUCUGAGCAGAAGAAUUUGUACAAAGAAGUAAUGCUGGAAAUGUAUAGAAAUCUUCUCUCUGUGGAAACAAAGCCAAAAGUCUACUCCUGUUCGUCUUGCCUUCUAGUUUUCUGCUGUCAGCAGUUCCUCAGCCAACAUGUGCUACAGAUCUUCCCGGAGUUGUAUGGAAUACAUCACGUCCACCCGCGAAUACACUCAGAGGAGAGACCUUAUGUUUGCAAGGUUUGUGGGCAAGGCUUUACUCAGUCAUCAAAUCUCAUCAUACACCAGAGGACACACUCAGGGGAAAAGCCUUAUGUUUGCAAAGAGUGUGGGCAAGGCUUUUCCCACAAGUCAAAUCUUAAUGCACACCAGAGGACUCAUUCAGGGGAGAAGCCUUAUGUUUGCAAGGAGUGUGGACGAGGCUUUUCCAGCAAGUCAAAUCUGAACACACACCAGAGGACACACUCUGGGGAGAAGCCUCAUGUUUGCAAGGAGUGUGGGCGAGGCUUUUCCACAUAA